AACUGAUGUGUUCCACCCGUUCCAACUGUCGAACAAUACAGAUAAACUGCAGCAUGUUGUUGUUGUUGUCCUCGUCUAAAUAUUUUGCGUUGUAGUCACGUGGCCUCGAAAAGUUGCACCCCAAAAUUAUUAUGUUGACAACGUUGUGCUUUUUCCUUUCAGUGUGUGAAGAAGACUUGCAGUCCCUUCGUACAGCUGUGCUGGCCUCACUUAAAACUCAGAGCGAAGAUUCCCCUGCCGUCACUGGUGAAGACAGUGAUGAUAAUGAUGAUGAGGAGGACUUGGAAGCUCUUCGUCUUGCAGCGCUGCAGUCACUCAAAGCCAAGUCCAAACCAGGGAAUUUGGUACAAUCCCAUGUCCCUCCAACUGGUCCGACACAGGUUCCCCCACCAAUUCCCCAGAACCAGGCAGGCUUCCCCAGUCAUCGCAGGCACCCAAAGAGAAGCAAUCUAAUUGCUAUCAACAUCGUCCAAGAAGACUCAGAGAAUGACCUCCCACUCCCCAUGGGUGGGCCGCCUGCAACCAGAGGUGGGCGGGGACGUGUGCCUAGGAUUGACAGGAAGGUGCUUCCGAAUGAAGGGCGGUCAUCCACGCCAACCAAGCGCAAUGACAAGUUUAGUAGGUUUGACAGCGAUUCUGACUCAGAGGAGGAAAUUCUAGGAAGGUCAAGUUCAAGUAGUUCUGAAGAGGAAGAGGAGGAAGUAGACCUCAAAGAAAGCAGUAGUUCUGAAUCAGAAAAAGAGGAAGAGAAGGAAGUUAACCACAUAGACAGCAGUUCUGAAUCUGGAAAAGAGGAAAACAGAGAUGUUUCUGAUGCUGAAAAAAAUGUUGAGAAAAGUUCAGAUGAAGUAGAAUGUAACACAAAAGAUGGAAAUGAAGAGGAAAACAAGGACACUAAGGAUGUUGCAGAAGAGAUUGAUGUUUCAGGUACCAGAUUCAUUGAGGAAAAGUCACCAGACUUAGACAAAAAGGAGGAAACCAAAGUUGAGAUCAGAGCAGAAAAUGAUGCUCUUGUAGAGAAGGAUACUUCUUCAAAAGAUACGGAACAUGAAAAGUUGGAGCAGAAUAAAGGAGAGCCAUUUAAUGGCAAGGUUGAGGAUUCUCCCUCCUCAAAACAAGAGACAGAAAAAGUGGACACUCAAGAUAGGCCAGAAUCUCGUGCAUCAUCCACAUCAGGAUCUAAUUCAACCAGUAGAAGUCCAUCUCCAGAAAGUAGACCAUCUUCUCCAGAAAGAAGUCCAAGUGAAAGGUCCAAGAGCUCUGUCUCAUUCACUACUACGAGCUCUGAUGGAUCAUCAUCAAGGUCUACCUCUAAGUCUCGCUCUAGAUCAAGGUCACUGUCAAGAUCACCAACUCCUACUAAGCAGAGGAAGACAAGGUCAUUGUCCAGGGAAAGAUAUAGUAGAAGACCUUCAUCUUCCAGAUCUAGGUCGAGGAGUAUAGGAAGGAAAGUUUCACAGUCUCCACACAGAGUAGCGAGGCGUAGAUCCCAGUCACCUGUUCCCCUUUCUGGAAACAGAUCAAAGUCACCAGUUCGACUUCCAAGGAACAGAUCCAAGUCACCGAAAAAAGGACUCUUGGAUAGACCAGGAUCUCAACUGAGAUCAAAGAGAGGUAGAUCUCUCUCAAAAUCUAGGCCUUCUAGGUCACUGUCUAGGUCAAGAAAAAGAUUGAGGAGUAGAUCUCAGUCUCCACCAAGAAAGGUAGCCAAGGGUAGGUCAGAGAAAUCUGACUCAAGUUCAAGACAUGGAGGAAGAGAUGCACACAGAAGUAGGCAUUUACCGGCUGCUUACAGGAGAAAUGCGCUUUCCCCAGAACGUAAUCUUGACAGGACAUCACAGAAGCCAAAGGUCAGGGAAUCAAAAAGGCAGACAGAAAGAAGGGGUCUGCCUUCAAGGCAUGGGGAAAGGCACAAUAGAAAUAACUUGGAAAAGGGAGAAAAAACACUCAGAGUUACACCGGACAGAACUGAGGAUAAAGCAUCUCCCUUUAGAGAUGUGAAAAAGCCAACAGAUGAGAAGUUAGAGGCAAGGAAGAGGAAAUUUGAGGGCAGGGAGGCAAAACUUGAAAGAAAGAAAGUCUCACUUCAGGGCAUAGUAGAAAAGACGGGUGGUCUUGAUUCGGUGAGCAUCAAAGUUUCACCAGUGGAAAAAGAUAGGAAAAAAGUAAGUAAAGAUAAACCCAAGAAAGAGACAAGGAGGUUUUCCGUGAGGUCAGAGAGUGCUGGAUCAAGUUCAUCUUCCAUGCUCAGUGACAGUGAAAGUGAGUCUGAAACUGAAGAAUCCAGGUUCAGGCAGACUAAGAAAGAUGUUGGAGAGGGCAGUAAAGAAGGUAGAGGGUUGGGCCUGUUAAGGACAACUCAAGUACGCACAAAUAUCCCUGAUAGCCUGGAUCCUUGGGACAGGAGGAGAGAGGACAGGGACAGGAAUGGACCGCUUAGAUCUGGUUUCCGUCGUGACCGGGGCGAACGGACACGAGAUAGGCACAGGGACAGGCGCAAGACACACAGGCACUCUCCAAUUAACUCUCAGGAAACACGGCACAGUAAUAGAGACAGGGACAAGACAGAAGUGAAGAGGAAAGUAGCCACACCUGAUAAGGCAGACAGAGUCCCUCACUCCCCACCUAAGAAAAUUCAGAAAACAUUUAGACCAGAAAAGGAGUCCAAGUCUGGCUCUUCAUCAGAGGGGAAUGGUGGGCAGCCCAAAAUAAAAUCUUUGCUUUCCAUCAACAUUUCUCCCCCUAAGUCUCUGGCACCAAAACGUAACAUUUCUCCAGAGCCCAUGCUGGACAAACGGGAAAUUGUUGAGGACUCGGAGAGACAAAACCCUGCGGUGAAGGCAGUCAAGGCAGUGAAGAGAAAAGUACAGGUGAAGAGAAUUGUUCUAGCAGACACCGAGGGAGCUGAUACCAUCGAUGGGUCUGACUUGAGGGUCAGGAUUUUGCAGAGAAAAACUGUAGGUGGUAGUGGUGGUGAGGAGGAGGGGAGGAAAAAGAAGAAGGCAAGAGGCGUGAAGAGGAAGAUAUCUAUCACAAGUGAUGAAGUGAGUACCACCCCUGAUCCAUCAGAAGAUGCUCCUGUCAAAAGGAAGUCCAUCCAUGAGCGACUAGGCCUGCAGUCCAAAGUGCAGAGACAGGCUCCCCAACAAGCGGUAUCCAGGCAGCAAAUACAGAUCAAAAUCAAACAGGAUGUCCAACGAGACCUGGACGCCGCCACUACUGCUAGGAAACAGUCUCCUGCUCCAUCUUCAUCCAAGAAGCCAGCACCAGACCUGGAAGUCCGACCAGACGAAAGCGAAUUGGACGCUCGCAUUCGCCUCAUCCAGCAAAAGAACGCUGCCAUCCUCCAACGUAAAAAAGAGAUUGAGAUGGAUAAGAAGAAAUAUGGGAACUGAUGAAGCAACCCACAAACAUUUACUAGAUAUCUGAGAUAGUUUAGGAUGAUUAGGUAGUAGUCACAGAGGUUUGGUUUAGUACAUAUGUAAAUGUAUUGCAUUUCAAGUGGAAUACUUGGUGCUGGUCAGACACACAGCUUCAAGAAAACACAUUGUCAAGAAGUUAUCACAGUAUUGCUUUUCCCAUUACUCAUCCAUAAUCGAUUUGAGUUGUCCAUUACCUGUAGCCUAUAUUCUGUCCAUUGGUACAUACAUACAGAGACAAAUGAAACACUAGUAUUCUGUGAUGCCUAGAAGAUGAUUUAAAGUUGUGUUGAACAUUAUAAAGAUGAUUCUAUACGGAGUAUUACAGACAUAUAAGGUAGAAAUGUUUGGUUCAAGAUUACCUUCUCCAAAAGGGCUGACACUACUUAUCCUCUGUAACUAUUUUAGGGUUGGGCUCAUUCACAAGAUUAUACAGUACCCAGUAGAUACAUUUCAAUACAGAGUUGCCAUGUUUUGUGUUGCAUUUUGGGGGGAAAAUUCUGAACUGUAUGACUUUUUUAAAGAGAUUUCUUUGUCAAUGACCCCAAACUAAUUUUGAGGACAUAAUUUUUUUCAUAAUGCGACAUUACCUAACCAGAGGACCAACUUUGCUCUCAACUAUGACCCAGGCUCUAAUCUUUGUUCAGCACAUAUUCUGACAUCUUGAUGGAUUGUUUUAAGGUACAACAACAGAUUUAUUACAGUUGGCACGCGAGCAACUACACCAAAUGAAACAAUAGUUAUGUCUUUCCUAUCCUCAGGCUUUACUAGUGUCAAGUCUGUGUCUAGUGAAAGAAAUGACAUUGUUCUACAGUUGAUAACAUAUCAGAGUAAACAUACAUUUGGAGGAACUUUUGUCUUUGUAUCAAAGCCUUACAUCCUCCAGCAUUAUGAUUGUUUUUUUUUCAUAACAUUGAUAAACUGCCUUCUCUGUAACAAUGCUAGAUAAACUAGACUAAUGAUAUAGUUUGUACAUAUGUAGAGUUUUGUAUUGUAAAAAA